AUGGCGCCAAGGCUAACCACCCUUGAAGAAAAAGCGCUUCUCCAAGCUGAUUCACAUUUUUCCAUAAAACUCGAAGCCUCAACUUUCUUUGCCAAUGACCAUCCAAUCCUCACUGAAGUCCCACCAAACAUAACAACCGCCACUCCACCGCCCCACGAUUCUUCAACCACCACCGUGGGUUGCUUCGUGGGGUUCAACGCGGACACGGCACGAAGCCGCCACGUGGUUCCAAUCGGGAAGCUGAGGGGAAUAAAAUUCACGAGCAUAUUCCGUUUCAAACUAUGGUGGAGCACUCAUUGGUCAGGAACCAAUGGGCGUGACGUGGAACACGAAACCCAAAUGAUGAUUCUAGAGAACGAUAUAGACAAGGGACGCCCCUAUGUCCUCCUCUUGCCACUCCUGGAAGGACCCUUCAGAGCCUCUCUCCAAGCAGGACUCCAUGAUGACGUGGACAUUUGCAUGGAGAGCGGGUCCACACGUGUCACCGAGUCCACCUUCAGAAGCUCCUUGUACAUUCACGUGCACCAUGAUCCCUUUAGUUUAAUGAACGAAGCAAUGAAAGUGAUGCGAGUCCAUCUUGGAUCGUUCAAGCUUCUAGAAGAAAAAACCCCACCGGGUAUUGUGGACAAGUUGGGGUGGUGCACUUGGGAUGCGUUUUACCUCAAGGUGCACCCUCAAGGAGUGUGGGAAGGUGUGAAGGGCCUUGUGCAAGGUGGAUGCCCUCCGGGUUUUGUAAUCAUCGAUGAUGGUUGGCAAACUUUUUGUCGUGAUGAUGAACCCGUUACGGACCAAGGAAGCUUGAAUUGUUCCAUUCCUGGGGAGCAAAUGCUAAAUAGGCUUAUAAAAUUUGAAGAAAAUUGUAAGUUUAGGGAGUAUCGGUCUCGUAGGGUGCCCUAUGAUGGAGGGAUGGGUGCCUUUGUGAGGGACCUUAAAGAGGAGUUUAAGGCCUUGGAGUAUGUGUAUGUGUGGCAUGCGCUUUGUGGGUAUUGGGGUGGGCUUAGGCCCAACGUUGUAGGGAUGCCUGAGUCGAAGGUGGUUGCUACUAAGUUGUCUGAAGGGGUUGAGAUGACUAUGAGGGAUUUGGCGGUGGUGAAGAUAGUGGAGAAUGGGGUCGGGUUGGUGGCACCGCAAGAGGCGCACUUGUUGUAUGAGGGUCUCCAUUCUCAUCUCGAAUCUGUGGGAAUUGACGGUGUCAAGAUUGAUGUCACACAUGUUCUAGAGAUGCUAUCGGAGGACUACGGUGGUCGUGUUGAACUCGCCAAAGCAUAUCACAAAGCACUCACUGCUUCCGUGAGGAAGCAUUUCAAAGGCAAUGGUGUCAUUGCUAGCAUGCAGCAGUGCAAUGACUUCAUGUUCCUUGGUACAGAAACCAUAUCCCUUGGACGCGUUGGUGAUGAUUUUUGGUGUACGGAUCCUGCUGGAGAUCCAAACGGUACGUAUUGGCUACAAGGAUGUCACAUGGUGCACUGUGCUUACAACAGUUUGUGGAUGGGAAAUUUUAUACACCCAGAUUGGGACAUGUUCCAAUCAGAUCAUGCUUGUGCUGAAUUCCAUGCUGCUUCUCGUGCCAUCUCUGGUGGACCAGUUUAUGUAAGCGAUUCUGUUGGAAACCACAACUUCAAGUUGCUUAAGAAGCUUGUUCUACCUGAUGGCUCCAUUUUGCGUUGUCAACAUUAUGCACUUCCCACCCGAGACUGCUUAUUCGUUGACCCUUUACAUGACGGCAAAACAAUGCUGAAAAUUUGGAACCUUAAUAAAUAUUCCGGGGUUUUGGGUCUGUUCAAUUGCCAAGGAGGAGGGUGGUGCCCUAUUACCAGGAGAAACAAGAGUGCCUCUGACUAUUCACACUCUGUGACUUGCUCUGCAAGUCCUAAAGACAUUGAAUGGAGCAAAGGGAACCACCCAAUCUGCAUCAAAGGGGUAGAAGUAUUUGCUGUGUACAUGUUUAAGGAUGAUAAGUUGAAGCUGAUGAAGUAUGCAGAGAGUGUUGAGGUUUCACUUGAGCCUUUUAGUUUUGAGCUUUUGACAGUUUCUCCCGUGGUUGUCUUACCCACAAAAUCAAUCCAAUUUGCUCCAAUUGGGUUGGUAAAUAUGCUUAACUCUGGGGGCUCAAUUCUGUCGACAGAAUUUGAUAAACAGGAAAUUUUGACAAGGAUUGAGGUAAGAGGGCAUGGGGAAAUGAGGGUAUUUGCAUCAGAGAAGCCGGUAAGUUGUAAGAUUGAUGGAGAACCUGUGGAAUUUUAUUAUGUUGAUAGCAUGGUGAGGCUCCAAGUGUCAUGGCCUGGCUCUUCAAGAUUGUCUGUGGUCGAGUAUUUGUUCUGA